AACACACGAGGUCAAAGUUCGUAUAUAUUAAAAUGCAACAAUGUGUAUAGUUCGUUAUUGAGGAUAAUGUAUAGAUUAUUUUACAUAGGGAAAGAUAUUUAUACGCUAUAGUUAAUUGUAACUGUUUAAUUUCAACUUAUGUUUACAUUAAAUGACAUCCUUAAGCCAACUUUACUAAUAUUGAUCGCUAUUUUCGUGUUAUACAUCUAUAAUCAUCUUGUUGUUAAAGAUUUGAAGCUUUGCUGCGAUAAUACAGCAGAGAAUUAUUCUCAUUAUGAUUUGGUCGUUGGAAUACUUUCAUCGCGCGGCAACUUUGAUUUGAGGCAAAGUUUACGUGAAUCAUGGGUUGGCUAUGCAAGACGACAUUCAUCUCUAAAUAAAAGCAAUCCAGUAUCAGACUCUCUUAAAUUAUUUGCUGAAAAUGAAAUGAUGCUUACCGUAUCAUGGCAAUGAUAGCGAGACGAAACUUAGCGUAAGUUA